AGGUUAAGAUCCAAGUUAGAAAAUUAGGAACAACAAAUUCUGUUAUAAUUGAUUAUAAUUUUCGUGAUCCCGUUGAGAGAAAUAAAUUGUAUAAAUCUGUUAUUGAUUCUGGCGCGCCGGAGACAAUUCUCCCUUAUAAUGUCCGUUUUAUACUUGGAAACAAUCCUCACCGUUUUCAUGCCACAGGUUACGGAUCUCCCUCUCUUGUUUUUGUUGCGACAACAAUAUUCGAAGUGGCAAUUGGUGAUAAUGAUACCUGGAGUAAAUGG